AUGGCUCGUACAAAGCCGACUGCCCGCAAAUCCACCGGCAGAUCCACCGGUGGUAAAGCACCCAGGAAGCAACUGGCCACAAAAGCCGCUCGCAAGAGUGCGCCCACUACUGGAGGGGUGAAGAAACCUCAUCGCUACAGGCCUGGUACAGUGGCACUCCGUGAAGUUAUGAUUUGCAAACUUCCCUUCCAGCGUCUGGUGCGAGAAAUUGCUCAGGACUUUAAAACAGAUCUGCGCUUCCAGAGAGCAGCUAUAGGUGCUUUGCAGGAGGCAAGUGAGGCCUAUCUGGUUGGCCUUUUUGAAGACACCAACCUGUGUGCUAUCCAUGCCAAACGUGUAACAAUUAUGCCAAAAGACAUCCAGCUAGCACGCCGCAUACGUGGAGAACGUGCUUACGAAUCCACCACGAUGGGAAACAUUUCAUUAGAAAAAAUUCUCUUCUUCCUGUUAUUGGUAGUUCUGAACGUUAUUUUUUUUCCCAUGGGGUCAAAAGUAACUCGAAACAUGCUUCCGUCGGAACUCCGGAGAACUUCAACCUUAGCUGAUUCGAAUUUAUCGAGGAAGAAUUCUAAACUGCUGGUGUUUAGAAGUGGCGUGCAGCCCCAUAUGGAUGGCCAGUGUGCACUUCUCAUUCUCCAGGAUAAUUUGGCAAAGGACAAGAAGUCAUUUAAAGAAGAGAAACUUUCCAGAGUUGUUAUCUUGUCCAACGAAUUAAAAGAUGUCUGUGAAAAGAAACAUAUAUUCCUCAUGGGAAUAUAUCCAGGGAACGCUCCUAUUCAUAAUCUCCGUGGGCAGAUCCGAACAAGUUUUGGGAAAGCAAUUGCGAGAGACGCCUCCACGGCACCCGCGCUCAGACGUCAAAGGAUGAAGUUGUUGGUGACGUCAUCCAGGGCGGGGCUGCAUAGGGUUCCUGAAAGCGGCUUUGGGAGCUGGUUAGUCAUGUCUGGACGUGGUAAGGGUGGGAAAGGCUUAGGUAAGGGAGGCGCUAAGCGUCACCGCAAGGUUUUGCGGGACAACAUUCAGGGCAUCACUAAGCCAGCCAUCCGGCGCCUUGCUCGCCGCGGCGGUGUCAAGCGUAUUUCUGGCCUUAUCUAUGAGGAGACCCGUGGUGUUCUGAAGGUGUUCCUGGAGAACGUGAUUCGUGAUGCAGUCACUUACACGGAGCAUGCUAAACGCAAGACUGUAACAGCAAUGGAUGUGGUCUAUGCGCUGAAGCGACAGGGACGCACUCUUUACGGCUUCGGUGCAAUUGCGAGAGACGCCUCCACGGCACCCGCGCUCAGACGUCAAAGGAUGAAGUUGUUGGUGACGUCAUCCAGGGCGGGGCUGCAUAGGGUUCCUGAAAGCGGCUUUGGGAGCUGGUUAGUCAUGUCUGGACGUGGUAAGGGUGGGAAAGGCUUAGGUAAGGGAGGCGCUAAGCGUCACCGCAAGGUUUUGCGGGACAACAUUCAGGGCAUCACUAAGCCAGCCAUCCGGCGCCUUGCUCGCCGCGGCGGUGUCAAGCGUAUUUCUGGCCUUAUCUAUGAGGAGACCCGUGGUGUUCUGAAGGUGUUCCUGGAGAACGUGAUUCGUGAUGCAGUCACUUACACGGAGCAUGCUAAACGCAAGACUGUAACAGCAAUGGAUGUGGUCUAUGCGCUGAAGCGACAGGGACGCACUCUUUACGGCUUCGGUGGUUUUUGCUGGAAAAGCAGUCAUUGUGCACUAGUGUGCAUUUGCAGUUCUGUGGCUCCUGAUGGAUCUGAGAAGAUGGACGUCGAGGAUGAAAAUCUGUCUGAUUAUUUUGAACUGAUGUUUGUUGCUGUAACUAUUUACUUGGAGCUGGUGUACUUGGUGACAGCCUUGGUGCCCUCCGACACCGCGUGUUUGGCCAGCUCCCCGGGGAGUAGGAGGCGCACGGCCGUUUGGAUCUCCCUGGAACUCUCCUUACGGCUGCGCUUGCGCUUCUUGCCGUCCUUCUUCUGUGCCUUGGUCACCGCCUUCUUCGAGCCCUUCUUCGGGGCAGGGGCUGACUUAGCUGGUUCUGGCAUGUUGGCAGCCGAAGUGACACCGUCAAACGACCACAGGGAAAUGCUGGCGAGCCCAAACGCCCUCGGCAGCAAAGCUGGCGCCAAGGCUCAAACGCACUCUUCCAGGGCUGGUCUCCAGUUUUCUGUGGGCCGAGGGCACCGCCUGCUCCGCAAGGGCAACUACGCCGAGCGGGUGGGGGCCAGCGCGCCCGUGUACCUGGCGGCGGUGCUGGAGUACCUGACCGCCAAGAUCCUGGAGUUGGCGGGCAACGCGGCCCGCGACAGAAGACCUGCGUCAUUCCCCGACGCCUGCAGCUGGCCAUCCACCGCGAGAAGCUCAACAGGCUGCUGGAUGGCCCGCACCAAGCAGACUGCACGCAAGUCCACCGGUGGCAAAGCACCGCGCAAGCAGCUGGCCACUAAGGCGGCUCGGAAAAGCGCGCCGGCCACCGGCGGCGUGAAGAAGCCUCACCGCUACCGUCCCGGCACCGUGGCUCUGCGCGAGAUUCGCCGCUACCAGAAGUCGACUGAGCUGCUGAUCCGAAAGUUGCCUUUCCAGCGCCUGGUGCGAGAAAUCGCUCAGGACUUCAAGACGGAUCUUCGCUUUCAGAGUUCCGCGGUGAUGGCCCUGCAGGAGGCCUGCGAAGCCUAUUUGGUGGGGCUCUUUGAGGACACCAACCUGUGUGCCAUCCAUGCUAAGCGAGUGACUAUCAUGCCCAAGGACAUUCAGCUCGCUCGCCGCAUUCGUGGGGAGAGAGCGUAGAGGUUUCUGGGUAAUAAUUCUCUCCAACCCAAAGGCUCUUUUAAGAGCCGCCUACUUUCACCCGAAAAUAGCUGUGAUUGACUAAUCGAAUCUUUGAAACUGAA